UCGUUGGUACAACUGAUUUAGGAUUUAGCUAAGCUAAACUGCUAAAGCAAAACAUCUGCACCUGCAGCAGGCGGAGGUUAUAGAUUUUGCCAAAAUGUAGUAAUUUCGCCCGAAAAAGCGACAAUUCAGAGAGUAUCCGUGCUAAGCAAUUUUCAAAUGCGCGAAAAUGUCGUCGACGGCGGUUUUAGAAGAGGCUCCGAGUGAAGAAGUGCUGUCCAACGUGGACAUUGACAUUGAAGUGACUUCAUCAACGUUAAUUCUCGGUUCGCAAAUGAACAACGAAGAUGGACAUUCCGAAGACGCGAGUAUGCUGGUCGAGGGCACCACGCCCGUCGAAAUGCGCCAAACCAACGUCACCACAGUGCCCAAGGAACCGUCAACCUGUUGGAAAACGGGGGCCCGUUACUGCAUAGUAACGUUUUGCUGCUUGAAUGUGGUGAUGCUGGUGUUCGGAGGUCUCUGGCCAGCUUUGUCCCAAUACUCGAAGGAUGACCACAAACGAAUCGUCAUCAUCCAAACAGAUCGAUUAGUGAACGUGGUCAACGAGAGAUUUCUCAGCGUAGCUCUUGACUCGUCACUGAUUCGGAAAAACUUUAAAAAAUUUGACAUGAAAUCAAAAGCGGCUCGAAUGCUGGGCUCAUCCCUGUCACCAUGUUAUCUGCGCGUUGGAGGCACUGCUGCCGACAGACUGAUCUUUGUUGAAAACCAUCCGAAAAAUGGGCAAAAUGACGAUGCUCCAGCCCUACCUAUCGACGGGGGUCCGUGCGCUUACGAGGCCGAGCUUUGCACCAAAAACCAUGCUUACUUUAACAUGUCUGGUGAAGCAUUUCUUGAGAUUAACACCUUUGCCAAAACAACCGGCAUGGACAUGAUCUUUGAUCUGAACGCUCUUCUGAGAAACGGAAAGGUCUGGGACGACACAAAUGCAAAAGAGUUGCUCGCAUAUGCAAACGGUCUGAAUCUCAAACUCAACUGGCAGCUGGGCAAUGAGCCCAAUGCCUAUCGUCACCAGUUUGAUGAAGUGGUUGAAGCGACCCAGCUAGGAGAUGAUUAUGUAAAUCUUCGGAACUUGCUGAACUCUUACCCUAAAUAUGCAAAGUCACUUUUGGUUGGCCCGGAUAUCACGAGACCGAGACCACCAAAAUUGGCCGACUUGGAUUACCUGAGGGAAUUCCUUCGAACUGCCGGUCCGAGACUUAACGCUGUCACUUGGCACCAGUAUAACUUAAAUGGGAGAGAAGCUACCCUACAGGAUUUCCUUAAUGUAGAAACGUACAACACACUUUACGAGCAAAUCAUCCUGGUAAACAAUGCCGUGCGGAGCAUGGCACUUGGCACACCAAUUUGGUUAGGUGAAACCGGUUCAGCUUUUGGUGGAGGUGCACCCGAGUUAUCUGACAGGUUCGUGGCUAGUUUCCUGUGGCUGGACAAACUCGGAGUGGCCGCCAGUGAGGGCAUACAUGUGGUUGUUCGGCAGAGUCUGUAUGGAGGACAUUACGGACUUCUUCGAACCGAACACAAAGGUGAUCACAAAGGUGCUCUGAUCCCAAAUCCAGACUUCUGGGUCUCCAUUUUGCAUAAAAAAUUGGUUGGAACAGGAGUUGUUGGCGUCACCCUACUCAACGACUUCAAAGGCCCAGUGAGGAUUUACUGUCACUGCACAGAGCCAUCCGCCCUUCACCCUGGCUUAGGCGCAGUCACCAUCUUUGGAGUCAAUUUGCUCCCAGAUGCCAUCGAAUUGUCCCUCCAGGGCACCCACAACGUCAGCAGCGUGGACAGAUAUAUCUUGCAAGGAGAAAGCGGCCUUCAAUCUCAAUAUGUUUUGUUAAAUGGUGAGAAGCUGGAUAUUGGGCCGAACUACCGCAUUCCUCCGCUGACCGCCCAGCCAAUGGACCUAAACUCUCCGAUCUCGAUGCCGGAGCACUCGAUAGGAUUUUGGGUUCUGCAUGGGGCUCAAGUGCCUGCUUGUCAAAAUACUCAGUAGAGAAUACCUUUCCUUGUGCACUCACAUCCUAUUCUUAUCCUAUUGUAAUCUGCAUAAACACACAGAAUCUUUUGCUCCUUGAUUACUUAGAAACAUAACAAGUCACUCGAUAGGCACUUCUUUUAUAACUAAAUGUGCUUCAAGUGACUGACUUAAAUAUUUUAGCUGAUCGCAUUAUGACAAAAAGAAAUGGAGGAACUUUUAAGCGAUUUUGAAUGAUUCUUUAGCGUUUUGAUAUUGACUGAUGAUCUAUUCUCCACGUCGAAUUUAUUUUAUCCUUAUUAUUAGUUCAGACAAGACAAUUGAGAUUACAAAAAGGUGCAGGAAACGAAGCAAAAUAAUGAGCUGUAUUUUAUUGCUAUAUGCAUUUUAUCCCCCAUAUUAGAUUUUAGUGUCACCCGCAUUCAAGAGCAUUCGACGCACCCUAAUGUCAUUAAAUGAUAAUUGCUCCCUCUUGUUUUAUAUUAAUUUGGUAUCAUUGUUUUAAUGAACUUGAUUUUAAUACCUUGUUGACAAUUUCUGCAUCCCUAUUUGAUUUUUUAUAUUAUUUUUGAUAAAAUGUGAUUUAAAGUUAUUGCCAAAUAAAAAUUUGUCAAGUCCUGUUCUAACAAUUUGUGCUU